AUGGACGGGCCGGGCCGGGCCGCGGAGCCCAGCGGAGGGGCGGACCAUGCGGCGGGCGGGCCCCGCUGGCCCCCGGCCCCCGAGGAGGGCGCAGAACACCCGGCAGAGCCGCAGUGCGGGACACCCCCGGCCGGCCCGCAGCCCACCCCCACGGGCCUGCCCACCCUCCUGGCCUACCGACCCGAGUCCUCAGAGGCAAACGUACACCACGAGGCAGAGGAGGAUGCUGAGCCAACCUGCGAGUACUGUGGCAACCUGCUGAGGCCGUUCCCUUUCUCCCAGGAUGUGCCUCUCUCCGAGGACCAGGAGGACAAAUUCUGCUGCAAGCGCAGCCGGGAGCUCUAUGAGUUCAUCAUGAAGGAGAGGAAGAGGCUCGAGGAUGCCAGCAGCCUUGCCAGAGCUGUCAGCACCCAGGAAUCCCUCAGCUCUGAGGCCAACCUGCUGCUGUCAAAGGAGCAAGACAGCCAGAGGCAGCAGAAGAGACACCUGGCUAGAGAGUUGGUUGAGCAGUCUUUAAGGUUGAGUGCCACUAAAGGGUUACAGCAAGCUGGAUCUGCUUCCUACAAGCCUUCCCAGGAACUCACAUCUCCUGAAGGCGGGACACCAGCAUCUGUUGCAAGUGCAGCCAAGCCCGAGCCCUGGCCCAAGGAGAAGCCUGAACCAGAAUCCCAGCCCAAGGAGAAGCCUGAACCGGAAUCCCAGCCCAAGGAGAAGCCUGAACCGGAAUCCCGGCCCAAGGAGAAGCCUGAACAGGAACCCCGGCCCGAGGAGGAGCUUGAGGAAGAGCCCGAGGAGGAGUCCGAGCUGGAGCUUUGGCCCGAGGAGGAGCCCGAGCUGGAGAACGAGCCCGAGUCCCAGCCCGAAGAGGAGCCUGAGUCCAAGAAAGAGCCCAAGCAUGACAAGAAGCCCAUGUCCCGCAGUGUCCUCUGCUACGAAUUCAGUCUUCUGGGGAAGAAGGUGGGGAAGGGUAAAUUGGUGCAGAAGUACUACAAAAAUGGAAAGAAAUUCCUUACCAUGCUCCCAGACGGAACAUCGCAGUUAUUCUAUCCAUCUGGAAACCUGGCCGUCAUCAUUGCACAAGCCAGAGACCAGCUGAUGUGCAUAGUACAGGAAGACGAGCCAAGGACAGCCAAAAUCCGAGCACUGUUUCAGUCUGAUGGCAGGAGCACAUGCUAUUACCCUACCGGAGAUGAGUGGAUAAAUAUGAGUAUGCAGGGUGGGCAGUAUUUGGACCAAGCAGGCAACAGGGUAAGAAGGUGGAUGUGGCCGAACUUGUUACCAGAACCCCAGGUCCCACUGAGCCCCAUUUUCAUCUCACUGAACCACUACGUGGGGGUCAGGAUCCUGGCCCAGGACAAGAUCUUCGUCUCCUUCCUUGCCAUGGGGCGACAAGCAAAACUCAACAUGGGAACCAAAGUGCAGGUCAGCACCGACAGCCAGCUGCCUCCUCCAGCCCGGCUGGGUGAGGAUGAGCUGCUGCUGCUUGCUUUCCGCGUGAAGAUCCUGCAGCUCUUCGACAGGAUGCGGGGAUGCCUCAACUUCCCCUCCAGUGAGCAGUGGAACAAAAUGCAGCCUCCCAUGUACCUCAUCAGCCAGGCUGUGAAGAUCCUGGAGCUCUGCAUGACUGCUGACAUAAGCGAUGAGCUGGCCAACUCCAUCAAGGCGAUAGUAAAUGCCCAGCAGCUCUGACCGGUGUGUGUGUGGUGUAAGGCAAAAUGAGCCAGAGACAGCCCCUGACACUGUGGCACCUGCAUGUGCUCAGCAAGAUUUCUUCUCUGGCCCUGCCUGCCCUGGUGUAGAGCAAAGGGCAGUCCAGGGCUGAUCCACACAGCCCCAGAUGGGUCUUGCUGAGGGCAGGCGGUACCAGCCUGCAGUGACAGCACCUUGGUCAUGGGGGCAUGGGAGGGCUUUGCUCAGGCAAUCCCAUGCUCCACAGCAGUGCACUGCUCCUGAGCAGGCUCCCUUCUGCCUCCAGCCCCAGCUGAGUAGUCACCUCAGCCCUCGGGAAGGCACAAGGCACAAAGGGCACAGCCGGGCCAGGGCUUGGGACAGCUACAGGCAGGUGUUUGCUCAGGUCACCCACACAGGUACUGCUCUGCCACUCCUGACAAGAAGGUGGCAUCAGCAGGAAACCCCAGAUGUUCCUGGUGCCCAUGCCCACAGCAGCUCAGCCAGCUGCAGGUACAAGGCAAGGUGGUUCCCUGCAGAGAGUGACAAAUGCCCUCAGAAUGCCCAAACCAAUCACCUAUGCUUUGCUCCAGGGAGCACCAGCGGCAGCCUGCGAUGGGCUCUGGUUCAAGCACUGCAAACACAGAGCUGUCAGUGGGUGUUUAGAGGCUCAUGGUGCUGCAGUCAGCCUCUCAGAGCUGCCUUUGAAACUAGGGGUUCACCUGGCCAGCCUCCCCCAGGGAGGCCACACCUGAACUGUGGUAGGUGCCUGAAGGAUAAGACCAAGGCCCAUGUCUCCUUCCCCACACUGGAGGUUCUUAGGGGCUUACACAUGACAAAUACAAGGUCAGUAACUCU